AUGGUGGAACGCUCUGUGCCGUCCGGCCAACCAGCAGCGCGUCACAGCAUGCAAGGUGGCAGGCCUCGUAGGCUCAGCAAUUUGCUCCGCCGCUAUAGCUUCUCGCACCUGUCACAAAGCCAGCCUGAGGCGGUGCCCACGGCAGCUCGAAGCGGCCAGGGCAGUGGAUCGCACUUGCAUAGCGCGUCAAGUGGCUCUACAGGCUCAGCACGAUUUAUGACUCCGCUCCGUGCGGCCGCCAGUGCCCUAUCUACCCGUGCGCAGUCGUUCGAUCUAGGCACGCCACAGACGCAAGAAGCUCGCUCGCGCACGACACCCUCUUCGAUACCAAGCCGCGAGAGCACGGAUACUGGGGUCCAGAGGUCUGCUCGCGUGCGCAAAGUGCGACUGGCUCCAUAUAUUGAAGCCACGCGCACUCUGGCCUUCUUCCCCGCAAACCUCGAUCUGGUCGAAGGCGGCCUUCAUGUGCAGAUUGGCCGUUUCUCCGAUCGCAAUGUGCAGGGAAGCGCUGACGAGCCCCGGUCGAUGCGGCAACCGGUUAUUGUGGGCGAAAACAAAACGUAUGUGGCCUUCCAAAGCAAGGUCGUUAGUCGUCUUCAUGCCGAGAUCUGGUGCGGCGAAGGCGGCAAAGUCUACCUCCGUGACACCAAGUCUAGCAGUGGUACAUUUGUGAAUCGAUUGCGCCUCUCUCCUCCGGGUGCACUCAGCCACUCCCAUGAGAUCAAAGACGGCGAUAUCGUCCAGUUUGGCAUUGACUACCAAGGCGGCUCUGAGGAUCUGUUCCGUGCCAUCAAGGUGCGCGUAGAAAUUGACCGUGACUCGUCGAUUCGGCCUACCGCAUAUGGCCACAACAUGCUGCAGCAACUACAGGGAGCGCAGAAAAAUACACCUGCCGAGAAUGCUGUUGUUUCAGACAAAGAGCGACUGCUGGAUGAAUGUUGCAUCUGCCUACUGAAGAUACGUGUUUGCCAGGCGCUGUUCAUUGGACCGUGUUCGCACAUGUUCCACUACAAGUGCAUUCGUCCCAUUCUAUCGCUGCACUUUCCAGGCUUCUCUUGUCCCCUCUGUCGCAAUUUUGCGGACCUGGAAGCCGACCUACAGGAUGACACGGACGAAGAGUCAGAGGCAGCUGACCCGCCCUUGUAUCCUAAGAUUGUCACGAAUGAAAACCAAGACCAAAGCACGCAUAUGGCCCAUGAAUCAGAGCGACUAGCGCAGCCGCCCUUGCCCCAAGAACAAGGCAGAGCUUCGCCCGUGUCCCCGUGCGACCUCAGUGACGCAUCUGAUGCUGUGGCAACUUUCUCAACGCCGCUGCUCCCCGCCGCUGAGCUAGACAACAGCCCCAUGACCCGUUCCAAUGUACAGAUGGAGGUGAACCCUGGUUCACAAUAUAUCCCUACAGGCGCAGCACCCCACGUUGAGACGCUGCCCUCCUCAUCCGCCCCCGAAAUGUCCCCGUCGAUUCAUGCCCCCGUUUCCGCACCGCCCUUAGUCUGGCGCUCGCGAGCGAUGAGUUCAUGA